AUGUCUUCCCUUUCGCAGGCCAUUAAAAAUGCCCUCCAUCGUGGAAAGGGAGGCGCCAAGGCGAACGAAGAUACAUCGAAGAAAUCGUCGCCUGCCCCUCCAACUGUUGCUCAACAUUACGCUACCAGGUCAGAUCCGAACGUGAUGGCCCACCAAGCACACCAAGUACCUGGUGGUGAUGCAUACUCCGUCGCGAAUGAAGACGGGAGACAUAGAGGAGCACGAGCCGCAAACGCAGCAGCUCACGCGGCGGCAGAGAACCAAAGGAUCGGACAGUCCAGAGUUGAUCAGGAAGCAUUGGCAAAACUAUUGGCAGAAGAGAAUGAGAACAAGAACAGAUUGCCGCUGUAUCCGGGAUUGGAACGAUGGCAACUUAUCGAGAAGAUGGGCGAUGGAGCAUUCAGUAACGUCUACAAGGCCAGAGAUAAAGAAGGAAAAAUUGGAGAGGUGGCAAUUAAAGUCGUUCGAAAAUUUGAGAUGAACUCUAAUCAGGGCGAUGCUCAUCUUCAUCCAAAGUUCAACAAGAAGCAACCUAAAGGAGUGGAGAGGGCAAACAUUCUCAAGGAGGUUUCAAUCAUGCGAAAUCUAGAUCAUCCCAAUAUCAUAAAACUCAUCGAAUUCUCCGAGUCAAAACAAUACUAUUACCUCGUUUUGGAGUUGGCACCAGGUGGAGAAUUAUUCCAUCAAAUUGUGGCAGAGGCAUUGCAUUAUCUUCACGAAACACAAGGUGUUGUCCACAGAGACAUUAAGCCAGAAAAUAUUUUGUUUGAACCAAUUCCAGUUGUUCCAACCAGGGUUCCAAAACCAAGAUCCUCCGAAGACGAAGACAAGGUUGAUGAGGGUGAAUUCAUCCACGGUGUUGGAUCAGGUGGUAUUGGAAGGAUCAAGAUUGCCGAUUUUGGGUUGAGUAAGGUCGUAUGGGAUAGUCAAACCAUGACCCCAUGCGGUACAGUCGGAUAUACUGCCCCAGAAAUUGUAAAGGAUGAGCGAUAUUCGAAGAGUGUCGACAUGUGGGCAUUGGGUUGUGUCCUUUACACUUUGCUCUGCGGAUUCCCACCAUUUUAUGACGAAAGUAUUCAGGUGUUGACCGAAAAGGUCGCAAGAGGUCAAUACACAUUCCUUUCCCCAUGGUGGGACGAAAUUUCGAAAUCUGCACAAGACCUUGUCUCGCACUUGUUAACUGUGGAUCCCGUAAAACGAUACACAAUCGAACAAUUCCUCCAGCAUCCUUGGAUUCGAGGUAUCGAUCAACCUACAUACGCCGCGCUCGACGCUCCACCACUUGCUACUCCAGCCGUUGAGCGUCAAAGACAGUUGGGUGUUCCUUUACGAGCCUUUAAUGACCUCAUGGAGUCACCAGGUGCUGGUAGGCGUAUGGAUUUCCGAAGUCCUGGUGCUGUCAAUCUACGUGAAGUAUUCGACGUUGGUUAUGCUGUUCACAGACAAGAAGAGGAAGCCAAACGAAAGAAAAAUUUUAAGCAAGGUUACAGAGGAGCUGCUGGCAUAAACGCCCUCAACCCUAUCGAUGAUGACGAAGAUGACGAAGCCGGUGAAGAUACCGAGGCGAGCGAUGACGACAGCCUCGAUGAAAAUGGGGUAUCGUCCAAGGUACCGAGGUCCGGGCAAUCGGAUGUUGCACAAGUUGACGAGGCUUUGCGAAAUACGAGAUUGAAUGCAAAUUCUGCAGCCCCGGCGAGGGGAUAUGGACAACACAGUGCUUCGGUAACAGCAGCCGCAAGGCAACAAGUCGGACGCAGAAGCGGUGCUUUUGAACUCAAUCUCGAUGGAGCAACUCUUAUUGGUCGACGUCACAAGAAGGCACCACCAAGUAAUUUGAGGGAUUCAUCGGUUUUGGAUUAA